UAAAAAAGAGUCCUAGACUCUGUGAUUAGUCCUUACAACCCCACAUGACUCCGUUUUUUCUAUCUCCUGCCUAAGCUAUUCUCAUGAUAAAUACCCACCACGUUCUUUUCUCAUUCACACACCUCUCCAUCUUCAACACAACACAAUCUUCUCUUCUCUUUCUCUUGUCACACCAAAUCCACAACAAUGGCUAUAAGAAAAUCAACUAAACUUCCUCAAACAGCACUCAUCAAACAAAUCCUUAAAAGAUGUUCAAGUCUAGGCAAGAAACAACAAGGGUACGUUGAUCAUCAUGGUCUUCGUUUGGAUGUUCCAAAAGGUCACUUUGUUGUAUAUGUUGGUGAAAACAGAAGCAGGUACAUUGUUCCUAUUGCUUUUCUAAGUAGACCAGAGUUUCAAAACCUUCUUCAUCAAGCAGAAGAAGAGUUUGGGUUUGAUCAUGACAUGGGUCUUACCAUUCCAUGCAACCAAGAUGUUUUUGAGUCUCUUACUUCAAUGCUAAGAUAGAUGAAAAAAACUUCUUCUUUUUUUUGAGGGAGAUAACACCAAAAGAUGAAGCUGCUUCACUGCUUCUCUCACUAUCUCCUUUAUUUCUUUUCUCUAUAUAUAUAAAUAUUAGUGUUUGUAUGAGGUUCCUAUUUUAGUGAGACUCCAACCUCAAGAAACUUCCCCAAGAAUGAAUCUUUGUGGGUUUAGAUUGUAAAUCUAGUUUAGUAGAAAUUAAGUACCAUUUUUUUUCCGGAGAUGUAGGUUUGUACCAUGUUGGAGAACUAAUCUAAAAGGAUUUUUUUUUUAUCUUUUAGUUGAAUCAUGCAAUAGAUACAGUUUAACUUUAUCA